AUGAAGCUUUAUUUGGAGAAGAAGGAAGUGGAGCUCAAUCUUAAGCCCAAGGGUGGAACUCAUGAUUUUACUCUGAAGUUUUUGGUAGAGAAGGCCACUGCCUUUGCUGAUGUUGGAAGUUGGAAUGCUUUCAACGUUGUUUUUGUUUUGCUCAUAUAUGGGAUUGUGUUAUUUCCUAGUAUGGAAGACUUUGCGGACCUUGCAUCUAUUCACAUCUUCUUGUCUAAGAAUCUGGUUCCUACGCUUCUUGCUGACAGUUAUUACUCCAUUCAUGUAAGGACUCAGAAUAAGAAGGGUACUAUUAUGUAUUGUGUUCCUUUGCUGUAUAGGUGGUUUAUUUCACACCUGCCCAACAAGGGUCCUUUCAUUGAGAACAAAGGCAAUCUCAAGUGGUCCCAGAGGAUCAUGCAUCUGACUGCCGAAGAUAUUUUGUGGUGCUCUAGAGCUUAUGAUAAUGUCAAGGUCAUCCUUGAUUGUGGAAAUUUCCCCAAUGUACCCCUCAUAGGUAUAAUGUAUGGAACUAACUACAAUCCAAGGUUGACAUUACAUCAGUUAGGUUACCCGUUGUUAUACAAGCCAGAUCUCCGGCAUGUGGAGGAGUUUGUUUUGUAUGAAGGGGUUGACAAUCUAGAGUUGCUAAAGAAGAUCGUCAGAGCUUGGAGGGAGGUUCAUAUUCAAGGAAGGGAUGAGUUAAGGAAGAAGAAUUGCAUUGCCAAGGAAGCUUAUACGCAGUGGGUCAAGGACAAGGUUGAAGAAAUUCUAAUGCCAUUUUUGUUUGAGCCAUCUAUGAACAUCCAACAACCCAUUAUUAUAAUUGUUCCUACCUCUGAGGUUGGGAAACUCAAAGAGACUAUCAAGAGCUUAGAGAAAUAUAAUGUCGAUCUUUGA